AUGGCUUUGGCUGAUAGAAGACCCGUUGGUUUUCCAGUAGGACAUGCUCCUGUGUCUCCGUCGUAUUCCCCCAAACACGACAGCAUUUCGUCGUCAUCCUCGUUUGCCUCCGAGCUGUCUCCCACCCUGAGAAGUAUCUCUCCUGAUACUUUGGCUGGCGACACUCUUCACCGCAAAAAUACAACCUCCACUACCCUCACGUCGACUUCGUCCCGUGGUUCGACUCCGACACCAGCAGCUGCGGCCAUUGGCUCCCUACACAAGAAACCUAAACCCCCCUCGCGUGCGCCCAUUGCAACUGGUAUUUCCACAACCAUUCCCGUCACCGGUGAAAAACCCAAACCGGACCAGUCCGCCGACCCUUCGUUAGAAGACGAUGUUUUGUUUGCAAUUUUUCUUAUUUUGUACGAGCACGAUCCCGAAGGCGAAGGCAUGACGGUGAAGCAAAUUUGUGACGUUUUGGUGCAAAGACAUCCAGAAAUGGCGAAUCUUUCAACUAAAACUUCAAAUUUGGUGAGUGCCAAAUUAAAUGCGUAUGUUAAAAGAGUUGAAAAGGGUGAUUCUAAUCUUAAAUAUGCCUUGUCAAGAGACUGGGCCGAUGCUUCUCCCAAGAGAAUGGUGUAUGUGUACCGUGGAAUUCUCACAAAAGAUUUUCACUUACAUGUUAAAGACCACCCUCAAAAGCUGUCCUCUCCUACAGAUUCCCUUCCAGAAUCUUCUUCUUUACCAGCUGACUACCCUAAGCAAAGAAGGCUGACCAUGUACGAUUUGGGUGUCUCCAGACCAGCGUUUCUCGAAUCUCUGGCCGAUAAGGCAUCUCAAUUGUUUGUACCUUAUUCAUCAGCUCCUGUCACUGCUUCCUUAAACAACGUUGACGCCCAGGAGGCUGACAAUGACAAGGAAAUGAUCGACUCGGACGGUGAUUUGGAAGAUUUGGAAGUGUUCAAUGACCCAGAACUGGGGUUUGAAAUUCAAACUGCGUACAAGAAUGGAAAGCGGUCAAAGUCACUUUCUUUUCUCCAAUCGAAAAAGACAAAAAUAUUGACUGCUGCUGCUGCUGCUCCUCGUGCUCCUAGAGCUCCAUGCUCCCACAGUCCCAAUGCGGCGGCUGCUGCUGCUGCGUUACACGCUGCUGCGGUUAAAGCCAUUUCUUCAAUUCCAAAAUCGUCUCAUUGCUGCGAAAAAUGGUUGGACGAUGUUGGAGCUCCCGAGGAUAUCAGUCUUUCAGAUUUGGACAAAUUCUUUGCUUAG